UUUUUUUUUUUUUUUUUUAAUUUUAAAAAUUCUAACUUUUCGAGAAAUAAUCCCAAUUAGAUUACAGAUAAAUAAAGGGUUGCGUCUACUCAAGAUCUCUGAUUCGUCGCUCCUUCAAAUUCAUCAAUCCCACUUCAUUUUUUCUGGGAUUUCUCGCCGAUCCUCUUGCUUUUCCCACUUUCUCAGUGAAGAUUCUGAAGGAAAGGCCAGGGAAUCACGUUGACGUGACUUGCAUGGGUGACGAUGCCAGAGCUGCGUAGUGGAGCGCGGAGAUCGAAACGGCUUGGUGAUCUCCAGCCUGCUGCUCAACCCACUUUUCAAGAGGAAAAUUGGCUCGUACAACAACCCACUCAGAACAGAACCAGGAGGAGAGGCGGAGGAAGAGGCAGAGGUAAUGCUGCAGCUGUAGCUAAAGGGCCUUCAGCAGCAACACCUGCCAGGCCAGCCGCCGCUGGUAGAGGCAGAGGGAUUAGGUUGAUUGAUUUAGACCCAGAGCCACCUUGUGAAGUUCUACCUCAAGCAGUUGCGCCCGGGGCCGUGGAACCUGCUUUGAAUAGAGUUGAGGGGGCUGCAGACAAAGAUAUUGCAAUGGAUGGUGGGAGUGCUGACAAAAUACUGGGAGCCGAAGAGGAAGCAAGCACAACUCCGGUACCAGAGAGGGUACAAGUGGGUAACUCUCCUAUAUACAAGACUGAGAGGAAAUUAGGCAAGGGUGGCUUUGGCCAAGUCUAUGUUGGCCGACGGGUUAGUGGUGGCACUGAAAGAACAGGACCUGAUGCGGUAGAGGUCGGACUUAAGUUUGAGCACCGGAACAGUAAGGGCUGCAAUUAUGGUCCUCCUUAUGAAUGGCAGGUGUACAACACCUUAAAUGGAUGUUAUGGGAUCCCCGGGGUUCAUUACAAGGGACGUCAAGGAGAUUUUUACAUUCUGGUCAUGGACAUGCUUGGACCUAGUCUUUGGGACGUUUGGAAUUCUUUAGGACAAUCGAUGUCACCAAAUAUGGUGGCUUGUAUUGCAGUGGAGGCAAUAUCUAUUCUCGAAAAGCUUCACUUGAAAGGUUUUGUUCAUGGAGAUGUGAAGCCAGAGAACUUUUUACUUGGCCAACCUGGAACUCCUGACGAAAAGAAGCUAUAUCUCAUUGAUCUUGGUCUAGCUUCUAGGUGGAAAGAUGCAUCAUCUGGUCAGCAUGUUGACUAUGACCAGAGGCCAGACAUAUUCAGGGGCACAAUAAGAUAUGCUAGUGUUCAUGCACAUUUGGGUCGAACAGGAAGUCGGAGGGAUGAUCUUGAGUCACUGGCAUACACAUUGAUAUUUCUCAUCAAGGGAAGGUUACCCUGGCAAGGGUAUCAGGGUGACAACAAAAGUUUUCUUGUUUGUAAGAAGAAAAUGGCAACUUCUCCUGAGCUGAUGUGCUGCUUUUGCCCAGCUCCAUUCAAGCAGUUUCUUGAGGCUGUGACAAAUAUGAAAUUUGACGAGGAGCCGAAUUAUUCAAAAUUGAUAUCUUUCUUUGAAAGUCUUAUUGAACCAUGCACAACGCUGAGACCAAUAAGAAUUGAUGGAGCCCUUAAGGUUGGGCAGAAACGGGGAAGGCUUCUUAUAAACUUGGAAGAAGAUGAGCAACCAAAGAAGAAAGUACGACUGGGUAGCCCUGCUACCCAGUGGAUCUCAGUGUAUAAUGCACGGCGACCGAUGAAGCAACGAUAUCACUACAAUGUAGCAGAUUCAAGACUUCGCCAGCAUGUAGACAAGGGCAAUGAAGAUGGUCUGUACAUUAGCUGUGUGGCCUCGGCUGCAAAUCUUUGGGCCCUUAUCAUGGAUGCAGGAACUGGUUUCUCGUCUCAGGUGUAUGAGCUUUCAGCUGUCUUCUUGCAUAAGGAUUGGAUCAUGGAACAGUGGGAGAAGAACUAUUACAUUAGCUCAAUAGCUGGUGCUGCUAAUGGAAGUUCUUUAGUUGUUAUGUCUAAAGGAACUCCUUAUACCCAACAGUCUUACAAAGUGAGCGAGUCAUUUCCAUUCAAAUGGAUAAAUAAGAAGUGGAAGGAAGGUUUCCAUGUCACCUCCAUGACUACUGCUGGCAGUCGGUGGGGUGUUGUAAUGUCUAGAAACUCGGGAUAUUCUGAACAGGUUGUGGAGCUUGAUUUCCUGUACCCUAGUGAAGGAAUUCACAGGCGUUGGGAGAGCGGUUACAGAAUAACCUCUAUGGCUGCUACUGCUGACCAAGCAGCCUUCAUAUUGAGUAUACCGAGGCGAAAAAUGAUGGAUGAGACUCAAGAGACGCUACGCACGUCUGCUUUCCCAAGCACCCAUGUGAAGGAAAAGUGGUCCAAAAAUCUGUACAUUGCGUCAAUCUGCUAUGGGCGCACUGUUUGCUAAAGGGCACUGAAGGUGGUAAACCUUGUCUUUCUGUGUAAUUGGGAUCAAAAUUAAAUUUUGAAAGCUAAGAUUUAAUGCUUCUCAUCAAAGUCAUCCAUUGGCGGCUUAGCUUUGGCAGAAGAUGUUUACUUUACUAUUGUAUAUUCUCCUAUGUGCCUCUGUGAAAUGGAGAACCAGGAGAACAGAAAUUUGCAAGCCAAAAAAAAAAAAAAAAAGGGGGUUGCCUAGUGAGUGACAUGAAGUGCAAGAGCAUGCACACAGAAAAAAUUAUAUUGUUUUUGCUCCAAUAUAUGUGGUAGUUCAUUGGCCACUGAUAUAAAAUGUUAAAAGAGCCACUGGAACCUACAAGUCUUUUGACGUGAUACAAGUUUUUGGUACAUUAUUUGUGGUAUCUGAAUGGCAUCCAGAAAUUUGUGCCUGAAUGAGAGGGUAUGAACUUAGCAUUA